UUGAUAUUUUUCCACGACCAUGUGUUCUCUGGCGGGCCUUGCACUGAUCCGUCUAUCGUCGUCGUCGUCGCCACCGUCGCCGUCGUCUGCGCGAAACACGAUUUUACGGUCGUUACGGCGAUUGCCGUACGGGCUGUACGUAGUCGUAAGCGCCCGUUCGUCGCGGAAACGUUCGCGAGGCACCAACACCGCACGCUCUUACGCCCUAAUAAUAAAGAAUUAAUAAUAUUAAUACCGUUAUUAUUACAAUAAUAUUACCGUUUACUUACUGUCAUAUAAACAUAUAUAAUAUAACAUACAUAAUACUGGCGGUUAGCACUCACUGCCAGUGCCAGUCGUGAUUUCGGCAAAAAGUCUGUAGAACGAUAUUAUUGUUGACAUGCGACACGACAGAGACUAUUAUUAUACGACAGCGCUGCUACCGCGGCUCUCGUUUUACCGGGUACGAUGACGACAACGACGAACAUAACGUGAGUAAUUGUUUUACAAACUGGGUCGUAAUGAGUUGCGUUCCUUGCGUAGAUCCAUGUAAUUCUGUUUCCAAAGAUGAUUUGGACAGGUGGACGAACAGUCUUAAACACGUUUUGGCCAAUCAAGCCGCCAUGAAAAUGUUCGGAGACUAUUUGCAUGCAUGCAAAUUGGAUUCUGCGGAUAUUUUGGAGUUGUGGAAAAUGUGCGACGAUCUGUUGCGCUACGUACAUCACAAACAGAUUGAAAACGAAUCGUCAAAAAUUAAAAAUGAUUACAUCGCUAUAGUUGAAUGCGCCAGCGAUGUGGAAGGAUUGACGGAACACCAGUUGCGCCGGUUGGAGGAAACUAAAAGCAGUGGAUCGAAGAAGAUAUUAGCCCGCGUCGAGAAACUACGUCAAACGGCUUAUGAACUCAUGCAGCAUGACUAUGGAUUGUUUAGAAAAAAAUUGUUAAAAGAUCACAAAAUCGCGAAAAAAUAACGUUUUUGUUUGAAUCGAAAUAUUAUUAUUACGUAUGUCUAAGGCGUUUAUUUUUUGUUGUAUAAUUUAUUUGAAGUACAAAAUACAUGUUCAUUUAAUAUUA